AAUGGCUCAGCGAGGAAAUCAACUUGACAGAGAAUGUUUCUGUUGUUCUGUCUGUCUGGAUCUGCUGAAGGAUCCGGUGACUAUUCCCUGUGGACACAGCUAUUGCAUGUACUGUAUUCAAAGAUUCUGGGAUGAGGAGAAGAAAAUCCACAGCUGUCCUCAGUGCAGGAAAACCUUCACACUGAGGCCUGUCUUGAUGAAAAACACCAUGUUAGCAGAUUUAAUGGAGGAACUGAAGAAGACUGGACUCCAAGCUGCUCCUACGGAUCACUGCUAUGCUGGACCUGAAGAUGUAUCCUGUGAUUUCUGCUCUGGAAGAAAACUGAAAGCCAUCAAGUCCUGUUUGUUCUGUUUGGCCUCUUACUGUAAGAAACACCUUCAACCUCAUUUGGAUAAAGCUCCGCUAAUGAAACACAAACUGGUGGAACCCUCCAAGGAUCUGCAAAACAUCUGCUCCAUUCAUGAUGAGGUAAAAAAGAUGUUCUGUCGCACUGAUCAGAAGUGUAUCUGUUAUCUCUGCUCUGUGGAUGAACAUAGAGGACACGACACAGUCUCAGCUGCAGCAGAAAGGACUGAGAGGCAGAGAGAUCUGGAGGAGAGUCAACAACAAAUCCAGCAGAGAAUCCAGGACAGAGAGAAAGAGGUGAAGCUGCUUCAACAGGAGGUGGAGGCCAUCAAUCACUCUGCUGAUCAAACAGUGAAGGACAGUGAGAAGAUCUUCACUCAGAUGAUCAAUCUCAUCCAGAAAAGAAGCUGUGAUGUGAUGCAGCAGAUCAGAUCCCAGCAGCAAACUGAAGUGAGUCGAGUCAAAGAUCUUCAGGAGGAGCUGGAGCAGGAGAUCACUGAGCUGAAGAGGAGAGACGCUGAGCUGAAGCAGCUCUCACUCACAGAGGAUCACAGCCAGUUUCUGCUCAACUACCCCUCACUGCCACCACUCAGUGAGUCCACACACUCAUCCAGCAUCAAUGUCCGUCCUCUGAGAUACUUUGAGGAGGUGACAGCAGCUGUGUCAGAGCUCAGAGACAAACUGAAGGACCUUCUGAGAGAGGAACGGACAAACAUCUCACGGAAAGUCACACGUGUGGAUGCUAUUCCACCACAGCCAAAGCCUAGGAGCAGAGCUCACUACUUAAAAUAUUCACAUCAAAUCACACUAGAUCCAAACACAGCACACAUACGACUGUUACUGUCAGAGGAGAACAGAAAAGUCACAUUAAUGGAACAACCUCAGUCUUAUUCUCAUGAUCAAAAGAGAUUCAUUAGAUGGCUUCAGGUUCUAAGUAAAGAAAGUUUCACUGGACGUUGUUACUGGGAGGUGGAAAGGAGAGGAACAUUUGUUUUUGUAGCAGUCGCAUACAAGAACAUCAGUAGAUCUGGAGAUGAAGGCGGAUUUGGUUUAAAUGACAAAUCUUGGGCAUUAAAUUGUUCUCCAAAUAGUUUCUCAUUUCUCCACAACAACAUCCAAACCUUUAUCUCAGCUCCUGUUUCCUCCAAAGUAGGAGUGUACCUGGAUCACAGAGCAGGUGUUCUGUCUUUCUACAGCGUCUCUAAAAGCAUGACUCUCCUCCACAGAGUCCAGACCACAUUCACUCAGCCGCUCCAUGCUGGACUGGGGUUGUUUCGUUUUGUUGGAGCCACAGCAGAGUUCUGUAAGCUCAAAUAGUUCAUGAAAGAAGUAAAAUGUUUUUUGCAUGAUUUCUCUGCUCUCCAUCAUUUUGAACUAAACCUUUAAAAUGUUAAUAUUCUGUGGAGUCGUGUUUGUAGUCAGAAAAAAAAAGAAAUUAAAAAUCUCAAGAAUGUGGAUUGAAGAAAUUAUUGAAUAUGAAUAUAAAACUUUUUGGAAAAAAAUAUUUUUUCUUG